AUGAAAAAUCUGUUACUGCAGGCUACCAAACACUGGGAGGAUGUGGUCACUGAAGCUGAUGAGUCAGUCACAGUACAGUCCCCGUUCUACAUAUUUGUAGAGCGCUGGGACGAGCACGAGAAAGUAUGCGAAGCAAAAGACACAGACAGUGAGUCUGAGAAGCAAGCAAGAGCAGACUUGAAGGACCUGAUGGUGUACAUCAAGAAGUCGGAGAGUCUAAAAAUGUACUUCCGAAGCCGAGAGACCAUCACGACCAAACGAAGGAUCAAGUUCCGGUUUCUCUGGACACUCUUUGGCCACAAAACACAAGUAUAUGCCAGAUCAUACAUGGGCCAGAUGCAAAAGUUUGAAGUCCACACUUCUUCUGCGCCUGGAUAUAAGAACGCUUUCAGGAUCAGAUGCACAGCAUUUGAUUGGGAUGGAACCAAAUUCGCUGCAUUCACGUAUGUAUUCACCAUCAAGGAGUACGAGAACGAGGUCCCUAUCGAUUCCUUGGAUGUCUUUCCGACACAAUACUACGAGGGCAAAGACACGCAACUCAGCAGUGAGCAAUUGCAGAAGAACCUCAUCGAGCGUGGCCGUAAAUAUGUCGAGCUGUGCACGCAGGAUCCAGCAAAGUUUCAGUGCCAUUAUGAAGGCACAGCACAGGUUACACCUACCAUGCGACACAGGUUAACGAAACAGGCGCGUAACGCGGAUGGAUUAGUGGACGAGUCAGACUCUCGUCAGCUGCCGUACGAUGACUUGGACGUGAACGUAACUCCGAUUGAAAUGGUGGGCAGCCAGAGCCAAGUGAUCAUCGACAACUUCUCGUUCCUCCAUUCGGAGCAGAAUCCCAUGAAACACAACAACAUGCCGCCUUUGGGCAAGAAGAUACCGACUUCGCCCUCAGGCUGUCUGUGUCCAGUGUGUAGAGCCUCGGUGACCCAGCAGUGGAAGCCAGAUCCGAUGCUCGAGCCUUCCGAGGCUGCAUCAAAGUUCGCAGCAGACGAAACUCGACUUCAGCUCCUGCCACCCAGGCUGCUAGGAUUCGCACUCAAAGAAAAGCUAUGGGGCCAGUUCCUUGUCGAUAACGUCAAGAGUAGCGCACCAAAAGACGACAAAACCCGCGAAGGACCAUUCUGGAAAGACCUCGAAUUGGAAAGAGAGUCUAAGGAGCUACUCUGGGCGUUCAUGCAGCAGCACAAGGUCACUGCUACGCUGAGUAGCACCAAUAAGGGCAACAGUGCUGGUGCAGAGAGUUCCGAAUCGAAGUCAAAAAGCAUCGACAUCAUCGAAGGGAAGGGCCAGGGAUUAGUGAUCCUCUUGCACGGUCCACCUGGUGUUGGCAAGACGUUGACAGCGGAGACUAUCGCCUUGACAACAGGACGCCCACUCCUAACGGUCUCUGUUGCAGAGAUCGGUGUCACAGCGCAAGAGGCCGAGAAAUCCCUAACGCCGGUAUUCGCCGAUGCUGCUCGCUGGGAGGCCGUACUCCUGAUGGACGAGGCUGAUGUGUUUGUGGAGGAAAGGGUGAAAGGAGAUCUGCAAAGAAACGCUCUGGUAUCAGUUCUUUUGCGUUGCCUGGAAUACUACAAAGGCAUCAUCAUCUUGACCACCAACCGAGCUCGCACUAUCGACAAUGCGCUUCAGUCUCGAAUUCAGCUUGCGAUACGCUACAAGGACCUCACAACUGACCAAAAGAUCCGGAUCUAUAAGAACAAGCUAGAGUACCUGCCAGCCGAGGAAUUCGAAGACAAAGCAGCACUGCUAGACGCUCUAGAAUAUUCUCCACUCGUUGCCAAAGCCAAUAAGACCAACGGGAGACAGAUCAGAAAUAUCGUGACUUACGCAAGGGCGCUUGCUAAGAGCGAGGGCGGACGACUAACGAUCAAGCACCUGAAUAGGGUAGACCAAGUGACUUCGGAUUUCACUGAGAGUAUGAAAGAAGUGUUUACCAGACAGCGUGCAAGGAACGAAGUCGAUUUUGUGGAUUGA